AUGUCUCAAGCUUCCGGUCAAGUCAGUGGAGACACGCCCCUCGGUGAAUCUGGGCCUUCUCAGACCCUGACGUCGUACGUCUCGGCUUCACCAACAAUCACUGAGAGGAUCUCGAACAAUUUGCCAGACAAAAACAGGAAGAAGAGGUUGGAAACAAAGAUCACGAGUCUGGAUGCUAUUAUCAGGGGCAAGGGAUCUGGAAGUAAUUAA